AUGCCAGGACCUGGAACAUUUUUCGCCUUAGGAGCUGCUGGUAUAGCUGGAGCAACAGCCUUUGCCAACCGCAAUAAAAAGAAAGAAGAGCUUGGACAGAAUAAUGAUAUGACCCCACAUGCAAUGGCACGUCGAGGAUCGAGAGGCAUGGAAAAUGAUCUCUAUGAACCACGUAAACAGGCCGAAAACUAUUGGCGACGUGAAUAUGGUGUCAAUCUUAGCCACAACUCGGAACACCAUUUCCCUGGUGGCCGAAGAGAUUCCAAAUAA